AACGUCAACUUUCAGGCUUUGAAUCAUUUGACUCAAAUUCAAUAUCUACGGAUGAUUGCCCGGAACUUGACAUGCCUGUUACUCUUUAAUUACCAGAAAUUCGACCAUCUUAACCCAUUCUUCGGCCAAUGAGAUGGCCGAAGUGACCAUGGAUGACCCAUGGCACUGGAGCACAGAGAGGGUUGUCACUGAGCUCUGUUCAGUGAACCGAUCUUGGGAACCACCCUCCGGCCCCUUGAAGUUUCCUCCUCUUGACGAACUCGAAGCUCGGCUCAGAAGGGAAGAGGUUGAUGGACAUACGAUCCUCACCCUCGACCACCUAGAGCUUUGUCAGGCGCUCAACUUCACGACAUUGAAACAAAAGGCCACACUAAAAUAUGCCAUUGAGAUAUUUCGCAGUCGUAGUCAUGGAUUUCAUCAUCAUGUGAAACGCUUCAACGCUGGUUAUGAGAGCGACCAUAGUAAAUAUGGAGAUCCAGCACCGAUAAAAUCCAAUGAAGAUGCCAAUCCUUCCAUGAAGCAGUCACAACCCAUGCUUACACUCUCUUCAUUGCACCGUAUUCCCGACAGCCCACAACCCUCGGUCGCCGAUGACUCUGUCUUAGAAGGCCAUGUUAGCAAGAGACGACGGGUCGUUCCAAUGCUAGUUUCAAGUGACACCAAUGGCACUUCAGCACGCAAUAUUGCCACCGAAGCAGAUGUGAUUUCGACAAUCAGACCAUCAAAGACACGUACUGCUGAUACUCAACCGAACGGCGGUGUGAUCGCAUCCCCUUGGGCCUACCUUGGUGAGGAUGCUCUUACAAGGGUUGAUGUCCUGGGCAAUUAUCGCCCAUCAGAGAAUGAUGAUCAGCAGAAGGAAGACCAAGUCGAGUUCUCUUAUCGUAGGGAAAUACCCCAGGGACGUCGUAUACAAGUCCACCAACUCAUGAAACAUCAUACACUACGGAUGCAAAUGUCUUCAAAGUUCCGCGGGAUUAGAGCAGAUUUAGUACCUGGCACCAACGAUCCGGACCACGACGAACUUUUACCUUUAUAUGGUGAUUCCGAUGAAGAGUAUGAUUCAGAGACAUGGGACGAAAUCGAAGCCGACAUCACUGAGCAAGCGGAAAUGGAUAACCAACCCGGACUUAGUCAUGACGAAGUCAAGGCAGUCCUCGACGACUCAAUUGAACAGUAUGCAUCCGACUGGAAAGAACGCAAACUCUCCAAGCUAUCACGCAAAGCCAACAAGAUCUGGAUAGAUGCGAGGAAGACCGGUUUGAGGAGAUCAAUUCUCAAUGUCCGUAGUGAGCAUGAUGCAUGCGAGGCUCGUAUUGCCAGGUAUUGCAAUGAAAUCCUUGCGCAGCAAUGGCGUGAUGCGGCCGAAGUGAAGGAACAGGCUUUGAUCCUACAACAGAGUGUCGAAGAUAGAGAAAAUCAUUUAUGGGUUCUGGGCGUCAUUAAUGCUUCAGUUGAACCUGAGAAGCUCCAGCCCUUGUCCCGAAAUUCUACUGGGAAGAGUCGUGCAUUAAAGUCAACCACACUUGACGAGGAGAUAUUGACAAGUGAGUCCGAGGAAGACAUCAAUGAUUUUGUUGUCGAUGAUGAGCCCGCAAACCCAAGCCCGGCUCAUGAUUUCUCGCCUAUGGAUAUCGACGGGGGUGAUGGUAUUUCUCAUGGACAACAAGAUGCCGAAGACUAUCAUCAGAAUACGGAGUCUAUCAACCCAGAUCAAAGAGAAAUGAUUGAUCUCACGCAACUGGAGGAGGAUGUUAGCAUGGGUCAGCCAAGCACGCCUGUUAAGUCUCGAGAACGUCAUGUUGUAGACCUUACUACGCCCAAAAAGCUAUCAAGAAAAAAACGCAAAGGAUCAAAGUCGGUUGCUUUCCAAGAGACCCAAUCAGAAGGGCUCAUAAUGAAAAUCGAUGAUCUAGACCCAGCAGAGCAACUUGUCGCCCAAGAGCUGGCAAAACUUGAUCAAAGUUAUUUGAAUGAAGUAUUCACAUUGAUCACUAACACGCGGUUGGAGAGCGAUUGGCUAUACGUUAUGAAUGAUGCACUAAAUCAUCAGGACUUCCCCAGACCUCCUCACGAUGCCCAGAAGAGGAAAACUGUUGCUGUUUACACGCUACUCCGCCUGUUUGAAAUCUACAGAGAUGGCGUCCUCCUGUCAGUAGGUCGUUAUAAGAAACUAACCUACGAUGACAUAUUGGAGAAGAUGCAGACAUGGUCAAAUGGAGGUAACAUACCUGACAAAGUCAACAGCUACGUCGACUUUCUCUGUCGCUUGUCUGAUCGCUUUGAGUGGAAGAGAUGUUCCACGCGAGUCGAAGGUGAAACAUCUCCCCCGGUGAAGCGUAGACGACGUAAGAAGUUGUCUCGCAAUUUAGACGCAGAAAAUCUCAGAGAAGCAGACAAAGAGCGGACGGCAGAACAAGACUAUCGCCGACAGCUGUUGCGUGACAAACUCAAGUCGCGUGAGUAUUCUGGCAUGGGGGAUCUUGAUACGCAGAAAAUAAUCAUCAACGAAAGUAAGGGUGACAAUGAAGGAUUUAUCUAUGUUCACCCAGAGAUUGCGCAACGCAUCAAAAAUCACCAGAUAUCAGGGGUUAGAUUUAUGUGGAACCAAAUCGUGGAUUCCGCGACGAAACAAGGCUGUCUGCUGGCUCACACCAUGGGUCUCGGAAAGACCAUGCAAAUCAUCACACUCUUGGUGGCUAUCACUGAAGCGGCAAAAUCUAACGACCCCACGAUCUCCUCGCAGAUACCCGAGGGACUAAGGGAAUCCAAGACCCUUGUUCUUUGCCCUCCCUCACUCAUAAACAACUGGAUGGAUGAAUUCCUUUUAUGGGCACCUGAAGGACAUCAAUUGGGGGAUUUCUUCAAAGUUGAUCAGUCAGCCACAGAUAGGCAGCGUUUGGCGAACAUCGCAGCCUGGGAUGACCGAGGUGGCAUACUCCUUAUUGGCUACCAACUAUUUAAGAAUAUUACUUCUCAGAACGAAGAUGCUUUGGAAGCUUUGCGCGACGGCCCGAAUCUUGUGGUGGCUGACGAGGCCCAUGAGUUGAAGAAUCCAACCUCACAAAUACAUCAUGCCACUAGCAACUUCAAGACACAUAGUCGGAUCGCAUUAACGGGCUCGCCUUUAGCCAACCGUGUCGAAGAAUACCACUCCAUGAUCAACUGGGUUGCACCAAACUACCUAUCUGAUAUCCGUGAAUUUAGAUCAGAGUAUGCCAAUCCUAUCGGGCGGGGCCUUAGUUUGGACGCCACCAACUCCGAACGUCGUCAUGCUGUUAAGAUGCUGAACGCCCUCAAACGAGAAGUCGGGCCAAAAGUACAGCGGAUAACGACCGUGGUGCUAAAGCACGACCUACCGAUGAAGCAAGAAUUUGUCGUGAUAGUUCCACUCACACCCCUGCAACGGUCAGCAUACGAAACCUAUGUCCGUUUCCACCAGCAGCACGACGAUCCUAACUACAGAUUUGCUGCGAUUGCCGCAGGGGGGACACUAGGUGUCCUCUGUGCUCACCCACUAAUUCUGCUGAAGAAAUUGCAGGGAGAGAAGACAGGUUCUACGAGAAAAGCUACUCUAAAGAACAAUUCACUUCCCGACGAGCUUAUUAGUAUGGAGAUGGCACUUAUCAAUAAGACGCCUGAUGUGAACGACCUUUCUUUGUCUUGGAAGAUCCCGAUACUUCUCUCGAUACUCGAAGAAUGCAAGCGUUUAGGUGACGCGGUUCUCAUCUUCAGUCAGUCAAUCACUACUCUUAAUUAUCUGGAGCACGUUAUCCGAAGCAGAAAGUUUUCUUCAGUGCGGUUAGAUGGAUCUGUCCCCACGAGCAUAAGGCAGAACACGGUCAAGGACUUCAACAAGGGUAAAAUAGAUAUAUUCCUCAUAUCUACCAAGGCUGGCGGUGUUGGGCUCAACAUGACUACUGCAAAUCGCAUCGUUCUCUUCGACACUAGAUUUAACCCUCAAAACGAGCUGCAAGCGAUUGGGCGCGCGUAUCGUAUCGGCCAGAAAAAGCCAGUAUUUGUUUAUCGCUUGGUCUGUGGUGGUACGGUUGAAGAAAAGUCGUUCAAUAUGGCGAUUAGAAAGCUGCAGUUAACGUCUCGAGUCGUCGAUGAGAAGAACCCGAUUCCUAAAGCCGGAGCAUCCGAUAGCUCACUCGAGAUGCCCCAAGAAGCAGUGCAGAAAGAUAUUUACAAAUAUGCCGGCAUAGAUACUGUCCUCGAUAAAAUCGUCGAACAGUACAAGUCGGGCAUUAGAGCUGUUGAGGUGAUGGACACCUUCGAAGAGGAAGCGAAGGAAGACGCAGUUCUGACAGCGGAAGAAGAUGCAGAGGUUAACCAGUUGAUCGCGCGAAACGAGUCUCGCAGGUCGGGCUUAAAAAUGACCGCCCAUGCUACUGGCGUCGUUCUGACCAACCAUAAAAACUCUUCAAACUCUUCAAAUAAUAGAAGAUAUGAUGAUACUAUGUAUGACCCGAUUUACUACAAACCGGGUACAGACAACCCGGAGGUUUUCACGCGGUGCAUAACAUCGUUGCUAGUGCCCGUAAGUGGCUGGGAUGAAGAGAUGCGAAGCAAAUAUGAACGUAUUGCGCAGUCCAUUACGGAAACAGUUGUUUCCCGAAAACUACCAACUAAAGACCAAGAGCAGAUAUUCACACAAAUUCAAAAGGCGAUAGGAGGUUAUCAAUUCAGGUUCGCCCUCGGUUCAAGUUGUAUUUCUCCAAUACGACUUGGCAAUAUGAACCUGGCCGAAAUCCGCAGCAUUGGUGAGAAAUGGUCGAAACUUGAAUGGGAAGAGUGUUUGGAGAUGUCUAGAACACUCAAGGAAGAGGAUGAGAGACACGGUACAGGUCAUCAGUCUGGAGCGGACCCUGAACACUUGCAAUAUGCUAUCCAGAAAAUGUUGUCUGCUCCCCAGACGCAGGAUUCUGGAUUAACGCCGCCGAAACCGCAGAGACUCGACGAUCGAAAAGCAUUGGAGGCUGUUAUUGAACGUAGGAUCGCUAAGAAGCCUACCAAAGGCAAAGAUCCUCGUCUACCGAACUGGGCUAUCAAUGCGGUAACUAAGCAACAACGCGCAGGACCGUCGUCGACCCCAUCCUCUACCGAUCCCUCGACCUCUGCAUCAGCUUCUUCCCAUCUGCCAUCGAAAUCUCCUUUCAAAUGAUCUUUGCCACUAAAGGCGUGUGAACUUAUAUCGAGUCCGAAUCUAGCACCUAACCUUUCAAAGAAAUUUCCUCCGGACAAUGCUCAUGAGAGCGGCGACGGCGUUCAGGGCAGGCUUCUCCUUUGUUAUGCUUCAAACGAGAUACCCCCGAAAUGCUAAUAUGGUUAUGAGAUUUGCGUUGCUUUGGGCAAAAAGAAAGACGUCCCGUAAUUCAAGGACGGCGGUCUUCUCAACGCGAGACUUGGAAACGACGGGCACGGGUUGCUUGCUCUUGGCAAGACCCUCGGCGUAAACUUUUGCAGCAAGACAUUGAAUUGCUAAUGCUAAUGGAAUCAACGUUGAGUUUGAACAUCAACCGAUCUUGAAUUGCUCUUAUAAAUGAAAUGCUACUCCGAGACAGGACCGUCAAUGCUAGGUUUAUUUAUUUACUUAGGAAAUCGGUUAUAACCCAGGUUCCCCUAAUUUACAUAACGUAGACGCCUCUUACUCUCAUUCUACAAGCCUACAUCGAACCAGAAGACU